AUGGAAGUGAAAUACGAAACGUGCGCGGCAGUAUUUACGGCGUGCAGCAGUUUCUGCUGCGAUCAAUGCUGUUGCCAGCCAUUUGGCGUCGUUGCGAACAAUGCAAUCAAAGCAACGAACGCGACAUGGCAAAUAGCACAAGCUGUUCGUGUUUGUGUGUACAGAUGGUUACUGCUUAGUCGCUUCGAACGAGCCGGAAACAUACGAACAACGACUGCUGGCGAAGGCGGCAUCGCGUAUGCACUUUCCAUCGCAUAG